AUGGGAUUGGACAUCGCCGACAAACUGACCCCAAGCAAAGCUCCAUUCUACGGCAUCAUUCCGGGAAACGCAUCUACUCCGAUUGGUAUCGUCACACUUCCGGUCACCUUUGGCACUCCGGACAACUACCGAACAGAGGUUAUCAAAUUUGAAGUGGCUAGCUUCGAGUCCUCAUAUCAUGCAAUAUUGGAACGUCCAGCUUUGGCCAAAUUCAUGGUUGUCCCACACUUUGUCUACUUACUACUCAAGAUGCCGGGAAGAACUGGAGUUCUUACAUUCCGUGGCGACCUCAAGAAGUCAUUUGAAUUGGAGAAGGAGACCAUCACCUACGCCUCCACCAAUCGCCUGCCGAACACCUUGGGAGAAGUACUCGUGGUAGCAAAGCAACUCUCUGCGUCGGGGAUGGAAAUCCCCACAAAGAAGGCAAACAACUCUGCUCCAAAACCACCCAACAAUGUGGGCAUAAAAGCAAUCCAGCUCCAAGAAGGUGACUCCUCCAAGACUGCCCUGAUCGGCACGGGGCUUACCAACAAAUAG